GCUUCCUGGCCUCCCCCCAUAGGAAUAGAAGCACUCGACAUGCACGGAGUCUAAGAGUCUUUCCAACGUAUUUGGCGAGAUUUAUCCGACUUUUUCCAUCAACGAUAUAAGUUUCCAAAGUUGUUUUGAGAUGGAUCGUUGAUAAUCUUUUCUUUUUGGGUUUCCCCUCUGAUGUACUUGGUUCACCUGUAGGUCAUCCGCAGCCCUGUAGGGGCCCGAACCCAUCGGGCGUGAUUCGUUUCGGGGCAGACGAUGGACGUUCAUCGAUGUGGUCACUGCCAAGCAGCUUUGUAACUGCGGUGCUUGCCUUUGUCCUGUGGCGGCCACGGCAGCAGGUCUUUCUUGACCGGAUUUGCAUCAGCAAGAACAAUGAUGACUUGAAGGCCGCUAGCAUUUUUAGCUUGGCAGGCAUCUUGAACAAGUCAGACGAGAUGCUUGUACUGUGGGACCCGACGUGGAGCGAUCGGUUGUGGUGUGUAUUCGAGCUUGCUGCCUUUCUAAAAAGCAAAGUGGCCAGUGAACAAGUACUGCUUAUCAGACCAACUGUUCUUGGGCCAUGUUCGAUCAGUCUUUUCAUCGCUAUGUUUGUCGUGAUGCUGCCUGUGACUACAGUUCCGGCUGUGGGAGAGCGUCUUGUGACUGCCCCACUCUCAGGUGCUUUUCUGUUCCUGUUUAUCGUUGCCUAUUUCAUUUCAGCUUCCUUCAGGCAAUACUUUCGCUCGAUAGAGGCCUUAAAGGAGAAGUUAAGGAACAUCAGCUUCGACAACACUAGAUGUUCCUGCUGCGAUCUGGGCCAUGUAGACGGAGGACGCAGCCUCAUGUGCGACAGGCGAAUUGUCAUAAAAUGUGUCGAUUUGGUUUGGCAGUCCAGAGGCGUUUGAAGACUGUGCUCGAUCAGAGGUCUUGGAUGCUUUGGUUGGAGGACUGCAUGACCAGAUCUUCACCAGAGGCUGGAGCCUCUCAGUGUCCAUCCCCCUUCUUUGGGCAUUUUUCGAUUGGUGGUCACGCAUGCGAGAAAUGGCCAACCAGCUUGGGCCAUUGCUUCCACAAUCGACGGGAUGGUGCUUUGGUUCUGUUGCGCACCGCUAUUUAUGGAUUUGGGGACCUACUUGGCUUGCAGGUAUUGCAAGCGAGGGUCUUCCACGCUCCACGAGAUGUGGCAGAACCUCAAAGUUGUACUUGUGGCAGUUGUUGCUUUUGGUGUGAUUGCCACAAGCUGGGUCUUUUCUGAGUAUGCAUAUCAUACAUCUGAGCGUCUUGAUCAUGGAGCUGCGCUGUUUGCAGGAGUGUGGGGCACAGUCGCACUGUUCCACUAUGUUCCACUUCUUGUACAAAGUUUCACGAAGGUGAGCUGGAGGAGCGUGCCAUG